CUACGACUGACUAGUUCCAAAACAGAUCAGCUUUUGUGCAUCAUAUAGACCUCCCAACCAAAUUAGCAUCAAACUUUCUCACGUCUCUUCCAUAUCUUGAGAACCAAACUCACUUUGAUCCAUCGUCUUCAACAUUUAACAACCCUAGGCUCUCUCCACCUUGGUCAAGCUCGCGCACACGCCACACCAUGCCCUCUUCCUUUUCUACCCCACCAACGACCCAAAACCACUACCUCCAGUGCCUUCUUGACUCUGCCCGCCCCUUUCUCCGUGGCGAGCUUGAAUCAGUCGACAAGAAUUUACCUUCGCUCGUCGCUGUCUUGCGCUCCGUUGGGGCCGGUGAGUGCUGGCACAAGCAUGGCAGCUUCCUUGAUCACCUCGUUGACAUAUACCGCAUCCUCAAGAUUUGGAAAGCACCGGACUCCGUGUGCCUUUGCGGCCUCUUCCACUCAGCUUACUCCAAUUCUUACGUCAACCUCGCUAUAUUUGAUCCCUCCACUGGCCGUGACGUGGUUCGUGGCCACGUUGGAGAGGCUGCGGAGAGGUUGAUCCACUUGUUUUGUGUAGUCCCAAGACAGCCUAUCAUUCACGAUGAUCUUUUAUUCCGGUACUCGGAUUCCGAACUCGUCGAACACCUCAGGCUUUCCGCGAUAUCUAUGAGGAACGCCAAGGAGAAGGGGUUGUUCGAUGAAGAUGAGGGAUGGAGGAAAAAGCUGCAGGCUCUUCUUCCGGCCGAUGGGAUUACUGUGAAGCACAUCAAGACCGGGGAAGAUGUUUUGCUUUCAAGAAGGGUGGUCGCAGUUUUCCUUUUGAUGACCAUGGCGGAUUUCGGUGAUCAAAUUUUUGGCUUUCAAGAUUCGCUAUUUGAUAACUUCGACGGUCGCCUCAAUUUCUCAGGAAACAAUUAUUUGGCUUUGUGGCCUGGCAAUGGCAAGCCAGGGCUAUGGCUGAAUUCUGUAUCGAGGAUGGGAGCAAUAUACAAUUUGAUAGUGAGAGAGGAAGAGAUUUUGAAGGAAAAGAGGAAAAAGGACGGUGACGCUGGUGUUGAGACUGAUAGAGACGAGGAUAUUGGGCUUGUGGUGCCACCAGUUUUUGACAACUGUAGCAAGGUUUUGGAUGCGGAGGAGCAAGUAGCCGCAAUGGACUUGUAUUGGGAAGUUGUUUGUGGCGUGUCUAAGAGUGGGUUAGAGAGGGCUGAGGAGUUGUUGUUGAGGUGUGUCCAAAAGAACCCUUUCGUUGGGGAGCCACAUGUGGUGUUGGGUCAGGUUUAUUUGACCAAAGGAAGGUUUGAGGAGGCUGAGAGAGAGGCUGAGAGAGGGCUGACCCUUAUGCUGGAGUGGGGGCAUCCAUGGGAUAAGAGGAUGUCCUGGGAAGGAUGGAUUGCUUGGGCUAGAGUUUUGUUGAUGAAGGCAAAGGAGAAGUCAUGGCCACAGACUUCAUGGGGCAUUCUCAACUUGGGUCUUGUGAAGUGAAGUGCUUCUUCAGUGUGUGCUGCAGCCUUAAAAGAUUUGGAUUUGCCCGUCCAAUAAAUGAACUUCUGUUUACAGCCUUUUGUGUCUUCGAAGAAAGUGCCUCUGCAGUCAGCCUGCAAGCAACCAUAAAAUCUACUAGCUUCUGCUUUCCUGAAGUAAUAAAAACAGUGUGCUUUGUAAACCAUUUCGUAUAUAAAAUUUCAUGGUUUCCCUUCUUGUGUUUUAAA